AUGAGCGUAAAUGCCAUCAUACCAGCUGCGGUCCAUUCUUCAAUGUCAACUCAUAAUCAUCAGCCCGAAUCACAUUCCACGACAUCCCAACAACCUCAAUCUUAUGAACCGUCAAUAGUGAAAAGUGGAAAUGGAUUGACUAUAGAUCAACUUCGCGCUGAAAGUUAUACACAUGGAUCCAAUAGUUCGAAUAGUCCUAGAGGUAGCAGGAGAACAAGUCCGAGUAAAAUCAAAGACAGUCAAGAUGACGAGUAUGACGAAGACAGUGAAGAAGGUAAUGCGGACAAUGGAAUUCUGAAUGAAAAUGGAGAUGACAUUCAGGAAGAUACAGAUAGUGAGGAUGGAAGCGAUGUGUUCGGUAUGGAACCUGAGAUACCAGUCACUUGGAGAUACAUGUCAAGACUGUACCUACUUGUUCCAAUCAUUACACUAGUAUGGCUGGCUUUGUUGACUCUACUGGUGACUUUUGCAUGGCCACCGUCAAAAGGUGAACGAGAAGCAGGUCAAAAAUACCCACAUCCAAUUUUAUUUAAACCAUUCAUCAUAGGUAUAUUCGCAAGUUGCACAGUCCAAAUUCUGAGAGUACCUAUAUGGGUUGUAAUCUCAUGGUUCAGGUUUUCUCAAGGUCAAACUACUUUUUGGUCAACAUCGUUACAUGCUAUCAUACAUGAAUUACUCCGAUUGUCUACGUUACCACUAAUUACUAUAUCACCAACGUCUGGAUUCCAUUCUUCCUAUUAUCUGGGAUUGGGUUGGGGUGUGGCUGAAGUUACUUGGGGUAUAAUUCAAGGAUGGGAACAAAUUGAAUUAUAUAAAGAGGUUAUGAGACCUUCCAAUCCACCGAGAUUACUCGUUGGACCAAAUGAUACUCAAAUCAACGUACAUAUCGAUAUCGAAGCUCAAGGACAAGUUCUAAACCGAGAUCAUGGCCAAAAUGAAAGUGGAGAUAUAAAGAAGGGAAACCGAAAAACCGAAGGGAUGCUCAGUUCAGUUAUUGAAAGAAGUGACGAAGAUGAUGAUGAUCAAGUUGUCCAAGAUGAUGAUGACGAUGAUGAUGAGGAAGAAGAAGAACGAAGAGAAGAGGACGAAGAUGAGCUGGAAAGAAAAGUGGAGAUUCUAGAAAGGAUGAGAGCGAGAAGAGAUCUCGAGGAAGUUUUGGGUAUUCCUUUUCCCAAUAUUCCUUUCCCACUCCAUCUUCUGUGGCGUCUAGAUACCCUCCUCUUGAACCUGGGAUUGACGUUAUUACUCUCUUCCUUCUAUUUCAACUCCGCUCCAAUAUACAGACAUGCUCCUUGGACCACAACGAUAAGUCGUGAUGCAUCAAUACCAGAUACAGAACCUCAUAAAUGGUUAUGGCAAGUAUGGGCACUGGUCUCAUUAGUUCACGUGGGUGUGAGUCUAGUUUGGAAAGUCGUGGGUAGAGUUGGGAUUGGGGCUGUAACGUGGGGUGGCUUGAUAGUUGCCUUGGGCAGUGUGUUCGCUGGAUUAGGUUGUUGGGGAGGUCUAGUCUAA